UUUCUGUACCAAAAGCGGUAACCCCCCCCCUGAGCUACACUCGGGCUUACCAUGCGGCGCUGCAUAGGGAGUCCCUGCAGCACUUGUCCUUCGCUCCCGCGAUGUGUCCCCUGCAGCGUCCCCGGCCAUCUCCUCCGGCUAAUACCGGCAUCCGGCUUCUGUGUUCCGGUCCCUGUGACGUCGGGACGUACGGGCGCCGCCGGCGGUGAAAAAUUUUAAAAUUUUAAAAAAAUGUCAUUUUUUUCAAAACUAAUUUUACAUAUGCUUUGUCCGGCGCCCUGCCUGCAUUUUUACUGUUCUUUCUG